CUCACUGGCUGGCUGAUUACAUGCCAUAAAUAAACAAAUUCUCAUGGAAGCUGUAUCGGAAAAUCUAGCGCAGUCAUUCUGAAGUUCGAAUUAUUCAACCGUGAAGUGCCAAAACAGAGAGCCGGUCCCUGCUUGGGGAGUGAUCAGUGAAAAUAUAAUCAAAACAUUGUGUUGUGUUUACCAUCUGAUCUGUGAUUAGCAUGUGGCUGUUUUUGAUUAGAUAUGGAUAAGCCGAAUACGAUUAUCUUCUUUUGAUACAAAAACAGGCUAUCAUAAAAAUUUAGAAUCUUAUCAAUGUAAAUAAAAGUAACUUCUUAAGAAUUUGAAUUAUUUUUGGCCAAUUGUAAAGUUUGCGGAUCGAAAGUUUCUUUGAUUAGCUGGCAGGGGGUCGAAGUACAAAAUACUAUUCUUGGAUUACCAUCAUAAUUUGCAUCAGAGGUUGUGUUAAUAUUGGUAAUGUUAAUAAAUAAUUCCAACAGAGAAGAGACACGUACUACAUCUGCUGGUGACGAAUUUACCAAACAUUAUCUGUACAUAAAAGUUCGUUGAUAAAGUGAAUGGGCGAUAGCUCGAAAUAUUUAAAAUAAAACAGUUUUCUUGUAAAUUGUUGAACCUGCCCAACUAUCGCAUGUGUUGCUGAGUCUAAGGAAAGAAUUCCUAUGAUUUUCACACUCAUUGUCAUACUAAUCAGCCUCGCCAUUUUGCUAGAUUAUUCUGCAAAAAAAACGGCGCUAUGACAUCACCCGCAAUGUUCCAGGUCCAACAAUUUUUCCAAUUUUCGGUUCGAUUUUGAUAUUCAAAAGAAGAGAUAUGGAAGAUUCCGUCAAAUUUAUGCGAGAUCUCAGCUUAAAAUAUGGACCAGUAACCCGCACAUGGAUAGUACAUAAAUUGGCAUUUAUUAUAAGAAAACCUGAACUCCUGGAAACCAUUCUAACUAGCACCAAGUAUAUAACGAAAAGUUCUCUCUACGACUUCUUGGAUCUGUGGCUGGGAGAUGGUUUACUGCUUAGUACAGGAUCGAAAUGGCAUUCCAGGCGGAAGAUUAUUACUCCAGCAUUUCAUUUCAAAAUUUUAGAAGACUUUGUCGAGAUUUUUGAUCGACAAAGCAAAAUUUUGGCGAAAAAAUUAGUGAAACAUGCCGAUGGGAAAGAGUUCAAUAUUUAUCCAUAUGUUACUUUGGCAGCUUUAGAUGUUGUUUGUGAAACCGCGAUGGGUACGAAAAUCGACGCACAAACUGAUCCUGAUUGCGAAUAUGUACGAGCUGUUGCCGAAGUAACUACUAUUUUAACUAAUCGCUUCAUCAACAUUUGGUAUCGAAGUGAUUUCAUAUUCAAAAUAUUCGCUCCGGAAAUGAAAAAGCGUCAAGACCAUGUCAUAGAUCUUCUUCAUAACUUCACUGAAAGCAUAAUUGAAGAUCGUCGAAAGUCUUUAUUGGCAGAACAAGCGGAUGAAGAGAUUGAAAACAAUGAUGACGUUGGUACCAAAAAGAAACUGGCCUUACUUGACGUCCUCCUCCAGUCAACAGUCGAUGGAAAACCACUAACAAACGCUGAUAUCCGAGAAGAGGUGGACACAUUUAUGUUCGAAGGACAUGAUACAACUACUUCCGCAAUGUCCUUCACACUCUAUUGUCUAUCACGUCAUCCAGAAGUACAGAACCGAGCAUUCCAAGAAAUAUGUGCAGUUAUAGGAACUGAUAAAAAUAAACCAGUGACUUAUAGGGAUUUACAAGAUUUGAAAUAUCUGGAAUGCGUUAUCAAAGAGUCGAUGCGACUAUAUCCAUCAGUUCCAAUAAUUGGAAGAAAAAUGAUCGAAGAUACUAAAAUCGGUGAUUAUAUUUUCCCGGCUGAUUCGAAUGUCAACGUGCCCAUCUACGUAAUAUUAAAGGAUCCCAAGUUAUUCCCAGAACCCGAAAAGUUUGACCCAGACCGACAUCUCCUAGAAAAUUCUAAUGACAAGACAAAUCCUUAUUCGUAUAUUCCAUUCAGUGCUGGACCGCGCAAUUGUAUUGGACAAAAGUUUGCAAUGUUGGAGAUGAAAAGCACGGUGUCGAAAAUGCUCAGAUAUUAUGAACUACUCCCGAUGGGUCCAGAGCCUAUACCCGUAAUAAAUUUGGUCUUAAGAUCGGCAAAUGGAAUUCAUAUCGGAAUCAAGGAGAGACAAUAUUAAAGGUGGUUAGAGGUGAUCGUAAUUCAGUGUCUUUAUAAAAAUACAUAACACUUAAAAUCUAAAAUUAAGUUCGUCCGUGCGAGCAUAAUUUCUAGUUCAAUAAAUCUAAUUUUAACUCUGCUGUAAAAAAAUUGAAAAAAAAAAAAAUAAAAUAAUUUACUAAC